AUGCAAGCGUCGUCUAAACCAGGCAGCUCGAAGGCUCAGAAGCUCGAUGAAGGGAACUUUGUGGCAUUCGACCAUGCUGCCGCUGGACAUGAGGGUGUCCGCUGUGAUGAAUCCGGCGGACUCAUAGCAAAGCCUUGUACAGAGAAAGAAAUUCUGUUUUACGAGUCGGGUGCAAACCACCCUGCGUUUCAGCGUUAUAUGCCCACCUUUAUCGGUUCGCUUACUGCUGGUGCCCCCCAGGGAGCCCUUGAUCUAUCGACUGCGAAUGCCGAGGCACCACUACUUGUUGCAUCGGCGGAGACGUCCAAGGAUAAUUCUUCACUACCGUUGGAAUUGGCUACGACGAAAGCCAGCAUCCCCAUCUCUCGGCCGGCAAAGAAGCCAGAGGAGCCCUGGGUUCCGUCUGGCGGUAAGAAACUGGAUACGGGCCUGUCGAUUGUCCUGGAAAACAUUACUGAUGGGUUCGUUCGCCCAAGCGUCCUGGAUGUUAAACUUGGUGCGAGACUCUGGGAUGACGAUGCUGUUCCUGACAAGAGAGCGAAGCUUGACAAGGUGGCAUCAGAAACGACAAGCGGGAGCCUAGGAUUUCGCAUUGCAGGAAUGAAAACGUGGGCUGGAGAAGGCAAAGAUAUCAAACAGCUCGAGUCUGACAUAGAUAUCUCAGCAGAUCAUCUUCCAUCCACGUCCAGUGAGAAGGUCAAGUCGAAGUCGAAAGUCAUUGAGUCGGAGGGCUAUCGCCGCUUUGAUAAAUGGUAUGGGCGGGGGUUCAACGAGCACAACGUGAAGCAAGGCUUCGAAACGUUCCUCGCUUCUGCUAAGGCUGGGAAGAUAGACCGUUCGGCAUUUGUAGCAGGGCGAGUCGCUGCCGAAUUGCGGUCGAUCCAAUCAGUCCUCGAAUCAGAGGAGAGCCGUAUGUACUCCGCCAGUGUCUUAAUCGUCUAUGAAGGCGACCCGGAAGCGUUCGAGAGAGCACUGGAGAUGGAAAGCAAGGAGGCUGCCAAUUCGGAGAGCCUAUCCACCAGGACUGCUGGCCAUGGGGGUGACGACGACGACGACGACGAGGAUGAAGAAGAGGAGGAAGAGGAGGAUACCCCCAAGGUCCACGACAUUCGCCUGAUCGACUUUGCGCACGCGAGCUGGACGCCCGGCCAGGGCCCGGAUGAGAAUCUUCUAAGGGGUCUGAGGAACGUUGCGCGGAUUAUGGAGGACUUAUCCAAGGUCUCCAACUAA